CCGUUUUCCGCAGCAGCCAGGCCAGUUAGCCAAAAUGGCGUUUUCAUAGCGGGAGACUGGAGUUAGUUGAUGAUCUUCUUCAACAUUUAUUAGAUUAUCGGACGACUCGUGACUCUGGGACCACAGACACCAUGGCAAGCCUGGACCAGAAAUCUCCCAACGUCCUUUUGCAGAGCCUCUGCUGCAGGAUCACCGGGAAAAGCGAAGCUGAAGUUGCCCACCAGUUCCAGUAUGCGGUGCGGGUCAUCGGCAGCAACUACGCCCCCACCAUCGAACGGGACGAGUUCUUGGUGUCAGAGAAGAUCAAGAAAGAAUUGCUGAAGCAGAGGAGAGAAGGAGAUGCUGCUUUAUUCUCAGAGCUGCACAGAAAACUUCAGACGCAGGGUGUUCUGAAGCAUCGCUGGUCCGUCCUCUACCUGCUGCUCAGCCUUUCUGAAGACCCUCGGAAACCGUCCAGCAGGGUUGGGAACUACGGGGCGCUGUUUGCUCAGGCCCUCCCACGGGACGCCCACUCCACCCCGUUUUACUGCACCCGACCCCAGAGCCUGGCUCUGAGCUACGCGGACAGGAACGCCGGCUUGUCGGGAAGUGUCGGGACCAGUGGGAUCUCCAGUUUGGGAGUGUACACGCUGAACGGACCCACGCCGACGCCACAGGCCUUGCUGGCCAGUCAGUCUUCAGCUGGAGCCACGCAACCUCUGGGCUCUCGGUUAGCCUGGGCACUUCCUGUAAGCUCCUCCCCUUCAUCUGCUCUGGCCCCGCCCACAUCCAGACCACCCCUCGGGCCUGCGGUUCUGUCCAGCAGGCUGGUCCGUCCUCGACGGGACGGCGACGCAGCUGAUGAGGUGAGCGAGGCGGCGCUGGUGCGGGACAUCCUCUACGUCUUCCAGGGAAUCGACGGCAAAUUCAUCAAGAUGAACGCUCAGGAAAACGGCUACAAAAUGGACAGCAAGGUGGUGCUAUGCAGGUCCCUCAGGGACACCAGCAGCAGACUGGCUGAACUGGGCUGGCUCCAUAACAAAGUUAGGAAGUACACCGACGCCAGGAGCCUGGAUCGGGCCUUCGGAUUGGUCGGACAGAGCUUCUGCGCCUCCCUUCACCAGGAGCUGAAAGAGUACUACAGGCUCCUCUCUGUCCUCCACUCACAGCUGCAGGUGGAGGAUGAACAGGGUGUGACUAUUUGCACAGAGAGCAGUUUGACCCUGAGGCGGCUGCUCGUCUGGAUGUACGACCCCAAGGUUCGCCUCAAAACGCUGGCCGCCCUUGUCGACUUCUGUCAAGGUCGUAAGGGAGGUGAGCUGGCUUCAGCGGUUCACGCCUACGGGAAAACGGGAGACCCUCAGAUGAGAGCGCUGAUCCAACACAUCCUCAGCCUGGUGUCACACCCCAUCCUCAGCUUCCUCUACAGGUGGAUAUAUGAUGGAGAGCUGGAGGACACAUACCACGAGUUCUUUGUAGCAUCCGAUCCUAACGUGAAGACGGAUCGUCUCUGGCAUGAUAAGUACUCCCUCAGGAAGUCAAUGAUCCCUUCGUUCAUCACUAUGGACCAGGCCCGCAAGGUUCUGCUUAUCGGCAAAUCAAUCAACUUCCUGCACCAGGUUUGUCAUGACAGAACGCCGCCGGGCAAAAUCACACCAGCGUCCAAGCCAGCGGACACCCCUAAAGAUGCCGCCGAGCUGCUUUCGGACCUGGAGGGAGCUUUUCAGGAGAAAAUCGACUCUGCCUACUUCGACACCAGCAAAUACCUGCUGGAUGUUCUGAACCGAAACUACCUGCUGCUGGAGCACCUUCAGGCCAUGAGGAGAUACCUGCUGCUGGGCCAGGGAGACUUCAUCAGACACCUCAUGGACCUGCUCAAACCCGAGCUGGCGCGCCCCGCUACGACGCUGUACCAGCACAACCUGACCGGGAUCCUGGAGACAGCGGUCCGGGCCACCAACGCUCAGUUUGACAACGCGGAGAUCCUGAAGAGGCUGGAUGUGCGCCUGCUGGAGGUGUCUCCUGGUGACACGGGCUGGGACGUCUUCAGCCUGGAUUACCACGUGGAUGGACCCAUUGCAACGGUGUUCACUAGAGAGUGCAUGGGUCACUACCUUCGUGUGUUUAACUUCCUGUGGAGGGCCAAGAGGAUGGAGUACACACUGACCGACAUCUGGAAGGGACAGAUGUGCAACGCCAAGCUGCUGAAAACCAUGCCCGAGCUGUCCGGUGUGCUGCAUCAGUGUCACAUCCUGGCCUCGGAGAUGGUCCACUUCAUCCACCAGAUGCAGUACUACAUCACCUUUGAGGUGCUGGAGUGCUCGUGGGACGAGCUGUGGAACAAAGUGCAGCAGGCUCAGGAUCUGGACCACAUCAUCGCCGCCCACGAUGUUUUUCUGGACACCAUCAUCUCCAGAUGCCUGCUGGACAACAACAGCAGGUCUCUGUUGAACCAGCUGAGGGCCAUCUUUGACCAGAUCAUCGAGUUUCAAAGUGCCCAGGACGCCCUCUACCGCUCGGCGCUGGAGGAGCUCACCCUGCGGCUGCAGUUUGAGGAGAGGAAGCGGCAGCGGGAGGAGGAGGGUCAGUGGGGCGUGACGGCGGAACAGGAAGCAGAGGAGAGGAGGAGGAUCCAGGAGUUUCAAGACACCAUUCCAAAGAUGCGAUCCCAGCUGCGAAUCCUCACCCACUUCUACCAGAGCAUCGUCCAGCAGUUCCUGGUGCUGCUCAUGACAAGCUCAGACGAGAGCCUUCGCUUCCUAAGUUUCCGACUGGACUUCAACGAGCACUACAGAGGAGCCAGGAGCCAGGGCCAGAGAGCCGAGGCUACGAGCUUCGCUCGGCGCUACCAGAGGGCGCCGCCUCUCAAACAUCUGACAUGACGGCACAGUGACCUUACCAGCAGAUAAGCACACUUCCCGCUCUUCGGAUGAUGUUAUGCCUCGGAGGCGGGAUCCAGAAUGGCCCCGGAGGUCGCCAAGUGAUGACAUCACUGCACCUGGCUCCGUCUGAUGACAUCAUCUGAGCUGACCGUGACGAAGUAACAUCCAGAACUUUCAACGCGUAACCAAGACCUCUGCAUGAAGCGGGAAUUCUGGGACUUUAGAGUCAACCUGAGCUCUCCGAGUCACGUGGCGGCGCCCUACCUGGCAUGCCUUAUCAGUGGGAGACCAUCCAACCUUGCCAAAUCCAGUCCCACCACACAGACCUGUACAUAGUGUAUGCAAGACUGCGUGUGCAUAUUCACACAUCGACCUGGUAGAACUCCGAUACGGGUGUGACGUGUGUUUCUUUUAAAUUUUGUAUUUAAGAGUUAUUAAAAUGAUAAAUUGUAAUAAAUAUAGUAAAGAAGUG